GUGUCAAUGUCAUAAUUAUUUGACAAAUUGCUAACGGGAAACUGAAUAUUUUUUUUGCUUCCAAAGCUUUGAUUUUUGAAUGUUAUCGGAUUCUGUUUAGCAUUAUUUGUAGAAUCAUGUUAAUGUAGUGAUUUAAUAUGACAUUAAAAACAGUUUAUGAAUGAGUGACACCGGUAGCGACACCGAGGCGACCGAGCACACUGCACUCAUGGAUGGCCACAUAGCUGAAGCGCGUCCCGAUCGGGAUGUAGCUGAGCGAAUUGCGAGAAAACGCAAAACAAAGCCCGACACGCAACGGAACUAUGGUAGCGUGGAGCCAUCAGAAGCAAUGUCAAGUGCAGUGGGCAGCUCAGGUCAAGCCCCUCCGGAUCCUCCGACGGAGACACAAAUAGAAGAGCUGGAGCUCAAAUAUGGAGCCAGACAUGUAAUAAAACUCUUUGUGCCUGUGACUUUGUGUAUGAUUGUUGUAGUCGCCACCAUCUCUUCAAUCAGCUUCUACUCUGUCAAAGAUGUAUAUUUAGCCUAUACCCCAUUUCACGAGGAAAGUCCAUAUGCGGUAACCAAAGUAUGGAAUGCCCUGGCCAACUCGUUGAUCUUGCUGUGUGUGAUUGCCCUCAUGACAAUAUUGCUCAUAGUGUUGUACAAGAAGAGAUGUUACAAAGUGAUACACGGAUGGCUCAUCCUGUCUUCGCUGAUGUUGUUGUUCCUGUUCUCAUACUUGUAUAUAGAAGAGGCUCUAAGAGCGUAUAACAUACCUAUGGAUUACAUAACACUAUUUUUUGUGAUGUGGAACUUUGGUGUGAUGGGCAUGAUAGUCAUCCACUGGAAGGGCCCCCUGCUCCUUCAACAGGCCUACCUGAUAUUCAUUGCCGCUUUGAUGGCACUAGUGUUCAUUAAGUAUCUGCCAGAGUGGACCACUUGGGCUGUGCUGGCUGUAAUUUCUAUAUGGGAUUUGAUAGCAGUUCUCACACCAAAAGGGCCACUGAGAAUAUUAGUGGAAACAGCUCAAGAGAGAAAUGAACCAAUAUUUCCUGCAUUAAUAUACUCAUCGACGGUGAUGUACUGCGUGGUGGCGGCGGGCGCUGGCGACGGCGAAGGUGAGCCGCCGCCGCGGGAGCUUCGGCCCCUCAACCCGCGCGACGCCGGAGGAUCACGAGCACCGCGAGCGACUGCGGCGCGUACGAGCGACGGCGAGGGUGGCUUCGACGCGGCGUGGCAGGCCCGCGCGGGCGGGGGCGCGGCCCCGCGACGCCUGCGCGUGGAGGGCGACGGCUCCGCGCCCGCGCACUACGUCACGCGCGUCGAGCGCCCGCAGCCGCCGCAGGAGCUGGAGGAGGAGAAGGGUGUCAAGCUUGGUUUAGGAGACUUCAUUUUCUACAGCGUGCUCGUCGGUAAAGCGAGUUCGUACGGAGACUGGAACACCACACUUGCCUGUUUCGUUGCGAUACUUAUUGGUCUGUGCCUCACGCUGCUGCUGCUCGCCAUCUUCAAAAAGGCGCUCCCCGCGCUGCCCAUCUCUAUCACGUUCGGGCUCAUCUUCUACUUCGCCACGCGCUGGGUCGUCAAGCCCUUCGCCGAUGCGCUCUCCGCCGACCAGGUGUUCAUUUAGUAUCGCCCAACACCCAACGCCCGACAUUACCGUGCUAGCUGCGUUUUUAGCUAGAAUAUGACACAAGUGGGCUUAAUACGCACUACGGUUAAACGCGCGCGUUCAAACGUACAUCUGAAAACGCAUAAAAAAGCAAAAAAGUGCACGAAUUAGCUACAUCUUUUAGUAACUGGUUAAAAACAAUAAUUGGGUAAGUUUUUAUCGCCGUGCGCCGUUUUUGUCUCCCAUAGUAAUAGUAUGAAGGCACACUCACGGUUAACCCCAUAAGUUUUUUUUUAUUCACUAUUCAGUUUUGGCUAAUGGAGUAUAGAAAUUAGUACGAUUAGUUAUUUAAUACAGUACAACUAGUAAAAUGAUAUGAUAAUAAUAACGUAAUAACGAGGCUGGUACUAGUAUUUACACUUUACAGCAUAAAUUAAUUUAUCAAAGUCCCAAUUGAUAUUUGGCAGCAAUUAAAAGUCAUCGUAAUGAUGUGAUGCGUCAUUGUACAUUUUGCUGACACCUACAUAACCUCAUUAGUACCACAAACGAAGACUACCGCUCAAACAAGAAUUAAUUACUUAACCCGCAUGCGGUUCUUCCGCCAUGCGUGCGCCUAGUACUCUAAAUAUGGAAUACAAAAGACAUGCAUUUACAAACCACGUUAAAAACUUAGCAAGUCACGUUUUAAAGUCAAAGUAAAAUCGUUCACUAAAAAUUUCAGUAAUGCCUAUUAUCUAAAAAGCUAGUUUUCUUUGCGUUUUCAGAUCUAAGAUAAAAUUAAACGCGCGCGUUUAGCCGCAUUGCGUGUUAACCCUUACUCUGUCGCAUUUAGACAAUAGAAGACAUAAAAGAUGAAAGUUAAAAAUCCUUGCUAAUAUUGUUAUUUAAUAGAAUAAAAUAAAUAAAAAUAUGCAUAGCAGCUAAGCUCAGUCAAACACAGAUUAUGUAAAUCCUGAGUUUCAGCUACCUUAUAAAUAAUAGUAAAAAUAAUAAUUUAUUUAUGACAAAGCAAAUUUAUAGACAGUUACUUAAAGUCUGUGGCAUAUUGUAAGAAUUUUCUGUCAGAUAAUUUCUAACAUCCGGCAAAAGGUAUUGCUUUACAUUGAUCUCCUAUUAAAAAGUGGAUGCACAAUCAGCGACCAAAAAACGUCCAAACUCAAUGAGUGCCAAACACAACUUAUUGGCACUCAAUUCAAGUAGUCGCAUUUGCAAAUUCAACCUUAAACUUGAAUUAGGUUAAGGUCCUAAACUUAUUAAUCGAAUUUAUUUUCAUUGAUUUAAGAACAAAUUAAUUAUAAUUAUUAUUAGAUGUGAAUCUAAUCUUUAGUUUGUUUGUUGAUAAACAAACACAUCAAACAUGGCUGUAGUAUUGAUACCUAUGUGGGAUUUUAUAAAUUUACUGAAAGAUUUUAUAUAAAUUUUAUUAUAAUUAUAAUAUGCAGCCGGCUUUAAUUAUAAUAAAUAUAAAUAAAAUAGUAAAAAACUUAGUUAGCUUACAUUGACCCGCUUUCCACUAGAACGCAGCUUCGCAAAGUCGGUGGAAUGCCUACCUUAGGAUAUCCUUAUAAACCUUUCCGUAUCUCUGUAGCUUUAAGUUUUGGACUGAUUCGUGUUACGGCACUGCGUUGUAUAAAUCUUGUAAAUAUUAAGAUGAUCACUCACCGGGGCGUUCGCUUGUAACGUAACAGCAUAAGUUAAGUUUUUUUUUUAAUGUCUAUGAAACUUUAUUUAACUCUAUUGCGUUAGUUGUGUUUACCAUCAGGCGUGUUUGCAGCUAAGCGCUUGCUUAUAAAAAAAUAAAAAAAAAUCUUUACUCAUUGACGGAAAAGUAUCUGAUGUUGUAAUCCGUGUUCUAAUAAUACAGCAUGCUAAUAAGCUAUAUGCAUUGGCGUAUCUAGUAUUACUUCCUGGGGUGGGCUUAGCUUUUUCAAAAUCUUCAUUAUAGGUUUUUCUUUAUUAUAAGUUGUAAUGGUUAUUAUUUGAUACUUUAAAUGAUAUUUUGUGUAAAAUUAUUAGUAUUUCCGCGUCUAUCAUAGAAUUUCAAAUCGGUAGCCCAGUAUCCUAGGGUGGGCACUGGACCAUUCUUGGGUGGGCCCGGCCCACCCGCUAUAUACGCCUAUGGCUAUAAUGAAUAAAAACGUAUAUUUUUAUUUGCACUGGAGUACACACUAGACAAUGCACGAACUGAUGUACAAGCGAAUGUUUCCAGUGAGUGAACACCUUGUAAGUACGAAUCGCAUAGUCCACUAAUAAGUUAGGCAAAUGUACAGGGUCGAAUAUUUGUCCGUAUGAUGGGCCGUAGGUGUUUUUUAAGCAAUAUAAAGAAAGACUUGGUAAGCAAUAAAAAACAAUAGUUUUUUUUUUUAGUAAAUCCAAGUUUUAACGGUAAAAAUUAAAUAAAGUUCAAAUUGUUAUAGACUUAACGUUCGAGUCCUAGAGGAGAGAGAGGUGCGUGUGUUAGUCAGUGAAUAUAUAAAAUUUGUUGAUGUAAGAAGAAGCGUCUGGUUAGUCAAUAAUGGCUUUAAACAUGAGGUACUGGGUCGGGCUUUAAAAUUAUAUUUUUUUUUUAGAAAUUCUUAAUAGCAGUCCAGAGUCCGGGACUCGGAGAGCACUUUAAGUCGUCGAUCCCGGUUGUUAACACUAAAAUUUGAUAGUAAUUAUUAAAGAGUUAAAAAACAUUGUAAAGGUAGCACUCGGUUCUUGGCGACCGCGACACGCGAGUGCGAGCUGCAAUGGCGACCCACUGCUCAGUAUGCAUUUAUAUACAGCACUAAACAAAUCCCGGGACCGCAUCGCGCGACUGGGAUUCGUUUAGUGCUCCAUAUAAAUUGGGUCGCGCGACUCGGUCGCGGUCGCCAAGAACCGAAUGCAACGUUUAGUUCGCCUCGAUUGUAGCAGCGUGGUGGGUCUAAAGGUAGCAUUCCGAUCUUGGCGACCGCGAGUUUAUAAGGAGCAAAGGCGGUCGCGCGACGCGGUCUCGGGCUUUGUUUAGUGCUCCAUAUAAAUUCAUACUAAGCAGUGGGUCGCAAAGAUUACAGUGUAUUAUUGGAAAUAGAUAGGCUACUCUAAGUUUUUUCGGAACGCCUGUGAUAGCGCCAUCUAGUAACUAGCUACGGUAUUUUUAGUAUAGUAUCCAUUAUGUUAUAAAAAUACUACUGCAUAUUUUUUGUAAAGCAGAGAUUUUCGAUUUUGUAAUAGUUGAAGAAACCAAUUGAGAAAAACAAAAAGUUUUCCAUUGUUACCCUCGGUCUCGAACUCAGGAUUAUUAGAUCGUACCUUUGUUAUGCACCACUAGACCAAAUGAUCAUGUUGAACUUCGUUGAAAUUAAUGUACACUUACUGUCUAUCUUUAAUAAUCCCUUUGCUUUAGAAAUACAAACAUUAUUCUUCCUAUUACGCGACAAAAUUAAAAGGAUAAAUAAUACUUUUUUUCGGUUUUUUUUCCGUACUUACACGGUUUAAAUCUCUAAAAACAUUAUAAUACAUACACACAGUAAUUUAAUUUACUAUCCUGGAAUCUUAAAUCUAGGAUGUAGAUGGCGCUGCUUCAUAAACAUUUCACGUUCUUAUAAGUUCCCAUGGCAUGGUGGGUCGUGCGACCCGGUCGCAGUCGCAGGUCGCGAUUGCCAAGAUCGGAAUGCUACCUUAAGUCUCGGAAGGGUCGCUUGGCCCGGUAAUAAGCCAUUCAAAUAGGCUGAUAACGCCUCCUCUCUCGUUCCCCUAGACCGUGCAGGCGAGGUGUAUAGUAUCGAGAUUUUAUAUAGGUAUGCAAUAUAUUUCAAAAAAAUAAUCGCCUGCGGUCACCUACUACGUUUCCACCCUGUAUUUAUAUCAGUAAUAUGAAAUCUAAAUACUUAUUUGAAAUAUGAGAUAAUAAUGUACUGUCGUAUAUAGUAUGUAUGUAUUAUCUAUGAUACUGUCGAUAUUUUGGUAAACGGUACCAAAUUGAUUCGACUGAAGACAUCUUGCGUUCUACAUAGGCACAGAGUCGAAGCGAAGCGACGCAACAAGUUUUUACAUGACAGUAAUAUAUACUGAAACAGCAAUCCCAAGUUUUUGAGAUUUACAUGAUAACGCAGUUCAGUUAUUUUAAGAAAUUAAAUAUCACGUGUCUCAAAUGGUGAAAGAAAAACACCAUUCCGCCGACUCUUAGCCUAAAAUCUAUCAUUCUGAGAGACUCGUUCUCAACAGUGAGCCAGAUAUAUUUUAUGUUACAACACAUGUUGCUACCCUUGGACUUUGCGCCAAUGUGAACGGACGCUUCGUAUACAAGUUACAAACUAAAAGAUUUAAUGUAGAUAUUAUGUUAUAUGUAUACGCGAGUUAGUAGUACGUAGUAAAUUUGUAAUGCAAUAAAAUUUAACACCAAUAACGAUAAUAUAAAUUGUACAAUGUACAUACAUAAUGUGUAGAUAGUACCCAUCCGUUGUACAUAUUGUGCUGAAAAUUAAUCGAAUGAGUCGUAUCCAAUGACGCGGCUUUAUAACAGUUUUGACGAGACAACUGUAUCUUUUAAAUUAUUUAAUUUUUUUCAUAAUUCACUUUCGAUAACCUAAUGCUACAUUUACAUGCUUGGCAAGUGUCGACAAGCGUCGACAACCAGCGAGAAACAGGGUGUUUAUAUUAAAGCCAUACUGAAGUUUACCAACAAACGAAUUAGAAAUGAAGGUAGAAUCAUUUCAUAACUUUUUUAUUUAAAUUAUGUAUUGUUUUUUAUAAAAUGUUUUUCGAAAUAUAAUGUUAAAAAUUGUUCUAAGCUUAUUAAUCAAAUAUUUUUUAUUAAUUUCAGAACAAGUUAAUUAAACAAUUAUUAGGUGUGAUUUAUUACUAGGGAUUUAUACCCUCAUUUUUAAUAAUUUGUUUGUUGGUAUAUCUAAACAAACGUGUCGUCCAACUUACACAACCUUUAUCAGACCAACUCCAAGUCUUUACUGGCGUUGGCUGGUGGACGUCUAAGCCUCGGCAAGCAUGUAAUUGUAGCAUAAUAAUGGUAGGUCGCACAAGUCGAAUAUGACAAUUGAAACUACUUAUCUAAUACCGCGGCGAACCAAAACGUAUCAGUUUGUUUUAAAUUUCUAUUAAUAGCCCGCCAUUCUGCAAUGGCGCAGCGUGGUGGGUUUAAGCUCCACGAAAUAUCACAAUAUUUCAUAGUUGAUUGAUCUAUUAAUUCAUAUACUCUCGUCUAAACUACUCGUCGUCUCGUCUCGUCUCGUUAUUAAGUUUAUUAUCACCUCAAAGAGGCUUUGGGUACCUACAUAGAUGAUAAUGAUAAAUUAUUAUUAAUUUGAAAGAUAGUAAAUAGCUAGAUGAAAUUUACAAGUUUCUGUAACAAUGUUGAAAAUAAAAAUAUCAAAUUUAUAAAAAUAAUAUUAUUAUGAGAGUAGGAUUAAGAAAUUGUAAAGUUUUCUACAGUGUAGAAAUUACUUAAAGAUAUGGCUUGUAUUUUUUUUAAGAAUACCGCAUGCUAUGCGCUAUUUAUUUUGUAUUUAUUUGCUGUUUGUAUAAUACUAUUAUGAAAUUACAUUCCACUAUCUGAUUUGUUUUUGUUUGAUGUACCUAAUUAUGACUAUUUUCAGUAUGUUUAUUAUAAUAACUCGUCUAUUAAUAUGUACAAUGGUUUCCUUUAUAAUUUGCCUUAUGUUUAAGAUAUUAAACUUACCAUUAAUA